GGACAAUGUGAAAGAAGGAGCAAAAGCGAGUCACAUACAUCCCAUCCCCUACACAACCCCGCACAAUUAUUAUUGGUUACCAGUUAAGCCAAGAUGGCAACGGCAUCCACCCCCACGACCCCCAGCACGGAGUACUUCCACCACCUCUUCUCCAUAUCCGGCAAGACAGCUCUCAUCACUGGCUCCGGUCGCGGCGUCGGCUUAGCGUACGCACGCGCCCUAGCGCGAGCAGGAGCCAACAUCGUGCUCGUGCUCCAUCCGUCGGAGCCCGACGACGCAGCCGAGCAGAUCCAGGCCAUUGGUGUGGAGACGCACGUGUUCCGGGCCGACCUGCUGGACCGCGACCAGGUGCGCGAGCUGUUCCCGCGCGUGUGGGCGGCGGGGAUCGUCGUCGACAUCUUCGUCAACAACGCCGGCAUCGCCCACCGCGAGCCCAUCCUGAGCUACCCCGAGGACAAGUGGUACGACAUCAUGCAGAUCAACCUGUCGGCCGGCUUCGUGCUCGGGCGCGCCUUCGCCUCCGACGUGGUCCGCCGCGGCGCCUCCGGCAAGAUCAUCAACACCUCCUCUGUCGGCGGCUUCCUGGCCAGCCGCAACACGGUCGCCUACACGGCCGCCAAGCACGGCGUCAACGCCCUGACCAAGUCGUUCUCCACCGAGUUUGCUGGCAUGGGCAUCAACGUCAACGCCAUCGCCCCGGGCUAUACCCUCACCGAUCUGACCAGGGUCAACCUCGAGAAGAACGGCGCCGGCUUCCUGAGGCGCAUCCCCAUCGGGAGGUUCGCCGAGACGUCCGACCUUGAGGGCGCUGUUGUGUUUCUGGCCUCUCCCGCGUCCGACUACGUCUCGGGCCAGGUCCUCGCUGUUGAUGGAGGGAGGAUAGUGUCGGACUUUGAGGCUGACCUGGUUACCAUAGGUUAGGCUACGGUAUGAAGUGGGGUGAUAAAUAGCACGCACAUAAAUGGACUUCGGGAUUUCCAUGUAAUUAAUUCUGCCCAUAGAACGAUCG